GUUCAAUUAAAUUAUUUUCUUUUUUCUUUUUUCUCUAAUUGAUAAAAUAUCUUCCACAUUUCCAUAGUUCUUCCCUUCAAAUAUAUUUCUCUUGUAUUAUAAAUUGAGCGUACGUGUAAUUAAAUAAAUCCUUGUCAAAUAUUUUAUCUCUCUUUGAAACAAAACUAAGGACAAGUCAGUCUGAAUCAUGUUUUUCUACUAGAAUUUGUACUUUAUUUUCAGUGGCUGCUGUUGUGUGAGGAGAAAUCAUGUGAUGAAAGUAAGAUUUUCCAAGAGCUUCUUGAGAAUUCCCAGAUCAUUCCAACAUUUUUGGAGGGGAUUAUCUCUCCCUCUCCUGGGAGUCUCUCUUUUGGUUUCUGAAGUGAGGAUCCUUGAUGUAACUGCAUCCUAAUCCCGGUUCUGUGCCUGGAUCUGAGUGAAUGUUGUUGUUCCUUUGGCUCCUGAAAUAGAAGUCAGUGUUGGAGAGGGACCUGAGCCGAACCCACUGAGCUCCAGUGAGCCCAGUCUGGUGAUGUCUCUCCGCUGCUUUGCCACAGUGCAGACACAAAGGGUGGCUGAUAUAGUCCCAGGGCAAUGCUAUCCCAGGGGGAUACUCUGAACGGGCCGCAGCCAUUGUGGAGCGACAAAUACUGACCUCACUCUCCACUUGUUCCACUUGUGUUGGCAUGAAAGCCCAGAGCUGGCAAACAUGACUGCAGCAGUGUGACCUCUGACAGCAGAGAUGUGAUGAAAUGGACGGGCCGGUGCAGAUCUUAUGCUCACUUCCUUGUUUUCCUGACCGUGUCCUCGCAUGACCUCUGGUGAGCAAGCUGACCCCUGUCCUCACAUGGAUACCACUACCAACUCUAGUGUGUGUGUGUGUGUCUCUAUCGCUGUCAACCAGUGACAGGGUUUGGGUCCAGAACUGUCUGCGGACUGUUGAAAUCACCUUUCGUCAUCUUGAACUAGUGACUCAGACGGAUGAGUCAUGACUCAGCAGAUCAGUUGCACAACAUCCCUACUUUCUCCUCAACUGCGUCUUUGUCUCAAGCUGCGGUCCGAACUCUUCUCAUUCACAUAUCCACUCGCAUGCUCGGCCUCCUCACUUUCAUGCUGCCCCAUGAUCCAAAAUAUCCGCCUCAGACUUUCAUUCUGUUUUCAGAUGAGAAAUUAGCCUUGAGGUUUGAGUUGCAUGACGUCAUGCGUGAGCUCCCAUUAAUCUUCUCAAGUUGCUCUUGCAAGCCGCCUGUCAUAGAGAAGUGAACAGCGCCCUCUAGUGGUCACCAGCCUAAACUACCACAACAAUGACGUUAUUUUCAGUGCAACUAUGCGUGGUUUAUCAUCUCGUUUAUCUUCCUUAUUUUAUUUUGUCUUAGUAUUGUUGCCUUUUUUCACAAAACAAAUGAUGUCUUUGUUUUCCUUUCCUUUUUUUCUUUUAUUUAUUACUUUAUUUUUUGUUUUUCCUACAAUAAAUGACAUGCACGUGAUGACAUUUACAAUGGUUUUCACUAGAAGACUUCCUUGCUUACCCUGCCAAAUAGUCAAGUCAAACUAUUCUGCGUACUUGACACAAGAAGUAAAAAACAAAAGCAAUGUAGUUGCAUAUAACGUUCACUAUUUCAUGUAUUAUGCUGCCGGUUUAUUAGUCAUGUUGUGUCAUGGUGGGUUGUUCAACUAAAGUGUGUGAAACCUUUGAUUUAUUUCAACUAUUUUGAGCUUGCGAGCAGAUUUUGUGAUGAAGGAGGAGUGUGAGAUGUAGCAGUGGCGGGUCAGUUGUUUCCAUGCGCCGGCGUGUUGAUCUGUCCAGACUCCCAGCGCUGCCAAAGAGAAGCCUUCUGACCGGCUGCUCUGUGAACUUUUGGCUCCUGCUGUGAGACAGAGGACGAAAAGAGGAGGAUUAGAGACCACGAUUAGCGCUGCCUUCCUCCAUAGAUGACUCUAGUCUUCUGUAUGAUCCAAGAAAGCACGAGUGUGGCGUCACAUGACCAACAUUUGACUGUCUUUUGAAGGAGUGCAGUGUUGCGACCGUGUUUCUCGCUGCUCACGAGCAGAUGGAGAGAACAAUCUCUUCAGAGGACUUGACCCGACGCUCACCUCUGUCUGCUCCUUUCUAAACAGAUCCUUCUUGGAGGGUGGAGGCCAAACUCCAACCAGCUUCCCCCUCGACUGCUGCUUCACCUCUGAAAGUCCAGAGGAGAAACGUAUGAGACACAGAUGGCACGUCAUGCAGUGCAGUGCUGGCCUUCACAAACACCAUGUGAGUCAGCAAAUGAGUCAGUGAGGCCGCAGCGAUGAGUCACCGUGGCCAUGAUGGUGGUGUCCACUGACGGCCCAUGGACUCGGUCAGAGCCGUGACGCCACGUUCCCCCUCGGCGCUGACUGCUGGAUCCCGGCAAGCCGACGCGCUCUGGCAGGUGUCUGAAGGUCUGGGCACGAGCCGGGGAGAGCGGAGCCACCGCGGGAGGAGAUUCUUACACCUGAACCGUCAUGGCCAUCACAUCUGGUACCACGGCAACCGUCGCCGAGUGACGAAGCAUCGAGGACUGAUGUGCUGCUCUCUGCUGCAGGAGGAGGAGGCCAGAUCUGGGCGGCACGGAGGGAUGGCGGUGGAGGAGAAGCCAGGUGUGAAGAGCAGCAGCUCCAUCCUGCCCUGCUUCCUGUUUGUGGAGCUGGUCAUCAUGGCUGGGACGGUUCUGCUCGCCUACUACUUCGAGUACACCGACACUUUCCCUGUGCACAUCCAGGGCUUCUUCUGCUUCGACAAGACCUUCUCCAAGCCUUAUCCUGGGCCGGAGCACAGCAGCAAGAUCCCGCCGGUGCUCAUCUACUCGCUGGUCACCGCCGUUCCCACCCUCACGAUUCUAGCCGGGGAACUGUGCGCCUUCUUCACCAAGGCCGAGGGAACGCAGGAGAAGACCAUCGUGACGGCAGACUGCUGCUACUUCAACCCUCUCCUGAGAAGAAUCAUACGCUUCCUAGGUGUCUACGCCUUCGGCCUCUUCACCACCACCAUCUUCGCUAACGCCGGCCAGGUCGUGACCGGAAACCAGACGCCGCACUUCCUCUCCGCCUGCCGGCCGAACUACACCGCCCUGGGCUGCCAGUCCACCAUGCAGUACGUCACAGAGCGCCGCGCUUGCACCGGCAACCCGCUGAUCAUCAUGUCAGCUCGGAAAUCCUUCCCAUCUAAGGACUCUGCGCUCAGUGUCUACUCUGCAGUGUACACAGUGAUGUACGUGACGCUGGUGUUUCGGACCAAAGGCACGCGGCUGACCAAGCCCACCAUCAGCCUCACACUGCUCUGCCUGGCCAUGAUCGUGGGCGUGGUCCGAGUGGCCGAGUACCGCAACCACUGGGCCGACGUGCUGGCGGGGUUCUUCACCGGGGGCGCCAUCGCUGUCUUUUUGGUGACCUGUGUGAUUAACAACUUCCAGCAGCUGCAGCCCCUCCCCGCUCCGCCUACAGCCCAGCGGCCCGAGUCGGUGCUGGGAAUGGCCAUGGUGUCGCUGCCCUGCGUGGAGAGUCCGCUCGAAAAACUGCGCGCGGGGAGGUCACAUGACCAUCAGCCCUAUCGGUUCCCCACCACGCCCGAUGUCCUCAUACCGUCUCGCUCCAUCUCCAGCGAAGUCUAGACCAGCCCGAGCAGCGCUCGCCUUGCUCCGCCCACCCGGCCGGACGCUACGCCACGCUGCACCGCUCCUACUCCACGCAGGUCUAGACUCGCUGGCACGCUUUCCUCUCCGUCCCAGGGAACCGAUAGGGAACUUUUCAGACUUGAGCCGGUCACUCGGCAGAGUACACUUGUUUUUUAUGACCUGAAUGGAUUUCUACAGUCACCGGGCCGCCACUUUCCAGCUCCUGGGGCAUUUGGUUUCUGAACUUCUGUGUCACUGGGAACGUCUGCGCUGGUCCGUCUUUCAUCCCUACACUCAAAAUUCAGUCUACGACCAAAUUUAAUCCAUUUUUUAACACGUUUACAACGAAAACAACUGAUAUUCUUCAGUGGGUCCUCGAACUAGUCGAACCGCUCCGAGCUCUGACCUCAUCCCUGAGAAUGACGGGCACAGAGUUGGUGAACCAUCGCUGUGAAUGAUAGGACUCUUUCUGCGUUUUGUUUUCGGACUUCAGAUUUCCCUUUAAACGCUGUUAUCCAUCAGUAUUUAGUGUCUUUCAUGAGUCCAGCGCAAACUGACUCAAACAGCUUCCUGGACAGACUCAAGUUGCGUUGGAGGAAGUACUGCGGUCGGAAUUGGUCGGGGAUACAUGAGCGCGAGUCACCGUCUGACCAGCUGUGUCGGACUGCGACAGAGCGCCCUGCAGUGACGGCUCAGACUCGGUCCUCACCGGGGCCAUGUUUCCUGCUGAAUUUGGAGUGGAGGAAUGAAACGCGCCGUGGUUCUGUAUGGAGCGUUUCCGCAGCUCGACAUGUCUUGAGCCAGCGGGUCACAGGAGGUUAGGAUUUCUGGACCAAGGAAACCUGCUGACACCUCUGCUGUGGGGAUUUACUCGUCCAAACACCAGUGUGAGGAAGCCAUCCACGCUCUCCGGAGACGCCGGAGCUUUACCCAGAUCAAAGGCCUCAGAGCCGGCGCCCGAUGAAAGAGACACGUCCUCACUCACUCUCUGAGACACCAAGCAACCGCUGUGUGUCUGGUCCUGGCAUGUGAGGGUUCAGAACCAGUGGUUUUCUACAGAGCUUUGGUCUGUAAAUAUGUGUUGCCACGGAGGACGGCCACAGUUUUGCGGGUUUGAUUUGCACACCCUUCUCCCUCACGUCGUGUUGCUGUGAAAUGUUUCCCCCUGCUGGUCGACACACAACUCUUCAUGAAGAGCACAAAAGUGACACCCUGCUGUUGGCCGCCUUCACAUGACUGGGGUUGUUGUUCUGGAGUCUUGUUUGAGUGAAAUUCACGCUUCAGUUCCGCGAAAUGCUUCAGCUGACGUGACUCGAGCAGCAGCACGUGACAUUCAAAGUCAUUCAAAGAGAAACUAGAAAAGCACACGGAGAGCGCAGACCUCCCCACAGCAGCUCCUCUACACCCCACAUGCUCCUCCUACGUUUGUCUCUUCUCUAUAAAUCCACACCGUUGUUUACGACCGGAUGUGUUCAGUAGUAACAUCUUCCACGGCAGCAGUUCCAGGUGUCCCUCACCAGACCAGGUGAUGUCACCACCCUAACACCCAGGCUGGUGAUGUACUUUACAGGAUGGAGGCUGAACAAAUGCUGAUCACUCUGGUAUCUGAUAUUAAAAUGCAGUUAAUCGUGAUCAAUCCAUUAAAAGUGAGACCCAACAGGAACACAGUCAUGUGAACACGCCCCCCCUCACCCCUCCUCUCCUGCCUGUAUGAUACUGUACAUAGAUCUUUUGUAUCAGCUGUGUUUCUACUGCGCCGUGCGGCUCUGAGUCACCGAUGAACCGAGGUCACAUGUGUUUACUGCUGGAGGAUUUCUCAUUAAACCUGGAAGCGUC